UAUUGUUUUUAACCCUAUCUGCUAUGUAUUUACACCUAUGAUCACAAAUUGUAAGAAUAGCAUAGUUUACUGAAAAAUACCGCUAAAAACAGACUACCUCAAAAUGAAUCUCUUUUAUUUACCAUUUUGAGUUUUACGUUAAUACCGGAUCGUGAAGAUGGGCUGCUGCUCGGGGAGGUGUAUGUUGAUGUUCUUCUGCGCUCUUCAGCUGAUCACUGCUGUGGAGAGACAGGUGUUCGACUUUCUAGGUUACCAGUGGGCACCCAUCCUUGUCAACUUCCUGCACGUCAUUGUGGUGAUAUUGGGCUUGUUUGGGACAGUCCAGUAUAAGCCUCGCUAUAUAGUUUUGUAUAUAGUCUGGAGCGUGUUUUGGGUGACUUGGAAUAUCUUUAUCUGUUGCCUUUAUCUUGACCUUGGAGGGCUUUCAAAGGACAGCAAUUACCUGUCAUUGGGACUUUCAUCUUACCGUUCAUGGUGGAAAGACAAUGGUCCAGGCUGUGAGAAUGGAAACCUCCCAACCACUAGAUGGCAGCAUAUGGAAAGUCCUGCUCUGGUCUCUGAGCUGGGCUGUGUGUUAGAAUUUCAAUACAUCGAAGUUAUGCACAGCGCCCUGCAACUGUUCAUUUCUGCCCUGGGAUUUGUAUUUGCCUGCUAUGUUGUCAACAUCUUCAAUGAAGAGGAAGACACAUGUUUAUUUGUAUAAGUGACAGUGUCCAGAUCUCAUCAACCUUUUAAGAGAGAGAAGGAACAUUGAGAAGGGAAAGAGAUGAAAGAAAAGGACAUUAACCAUUCUCAGAAUGGACCGGAGUGGAUGGAUUCCAAAUGAUGUAUAAACAUAACAAAACAUGCAAAUUAAGACAACAAGAGUGAUGUGAAUAUGAACAUGAAAUUCAAAUGUAUGUGUGUUUUAUUAUUUUUAUUUUGCCUAAUGACACUUUGAACUCCACAAGUGAACAAAAAACAAGUCACAAGACAUGUUUGGCAACUAUUAAUCCAAAGCUAAAGGAUACAGCAAUGGACCUCACAUGCUUUUAUGAAUACAUGCCUACAUUUUGUACAUUUUAAACAUAUUGUAAAGAUCUCUUUCAGUUCAUCUGUUUAAUUGUGGAAAUUAAGUGAAGAAGAAUUAAUUGCUUUACAUGCACUUGUGUCAUUAUACAGCAAAAUGCUGUUAAAUGUUUAAUGAUCAACAUCUGUCUCUUUUACUAUCUGUAACACGAGCCGUGUUUGUGAGAGGAGAGAGCAAUUACAAUACCUGCAUGUGCUGGUCUGUGUCUUACAAGCAAAACAGAAACAUUGUAAGUUAACACUUUCUGAACAUUAAACCUCAUUUUGUAAAUGUAAAUAAUGCAGCAUUUACUGAACACUGUUGAAUGCUGACUGUAGUGAGUCAUAUCUUUUAUUUUGUUAAAUUAUACAUGUAGUGUAUAUCUUGAUAAA